GCUGUGAGUAAUCCUGUCUGAAUCACAUUAGCAGCUGUAAAAUCAACAAGACAAUGGCAUAGAGUAAUUAUGUGUUAUUUCUUAGAAUUCCAAAGCCCACUGAUGUAAACAUAGCGGAGAAAGCAGUCAAGACUGCAUUUCCACGAGAACCUCCCUAUGCAUCCCACAUCUCCCGCUUUGCCAUGUUCCCACCCUUCCGGAAGUCAGCUGACCCUCAGACAUUCCCUUUCCUUAGCCCCAUUGUGCCUACGGUACCCAAAGUUACUGUCCUCAGCAAAACUAAAGGUGGUCCAUACAGGCAUGAGAUUUUGGAAACAGCCAGAGGGGCAAAGACCGCUAUAAGGACUGGAGAGUUUAGCUUCUCAGAUCGUCCAAAACCUGUGUGGGGAGUGAGGCAUGCCUUGUACGCUGCUCCCACAAUGGCAGUUCUGCCCCAUCCAAAAGACGGGGACUUGACAGCUUCUGAACGAACAAGUCACAUGUUAAGGAGAAUGGACAAGAUACAAUGGGUCACUUCUUAUCAGAUGGACUACAAAGGGUUGCCGCAUCAUGACUUCAGAGAAAAAAUGUGUGCGCCCACUAGGGGAACUUCUCAAAGUGCACCACUGUGUCCAGAUAGAGAUCGAGCUGUUUUGGUGUUGGUUCCCUCAAAACUGAGGCAAGAAGCUAGGCGAAGAAAGGGGAGAAACCUAAAGAGCCCUCACGCCGAGAUGUUUUUAAAACCAUCUCUAAAAAAUCUAGGCGUAUGUGUAUGCAACAAAAUUGCUCCUCAACUCGCAAACACAGAAGAAACCAGAACCACUGAGUGUUCAAGUAAUAACCGAGCAGAGAGAAAAGAGGAAGCAAAAGUGCAUUUUGACAAACGCUUGAAAAGUCCCGUGGUGACAAACAACCAACAGACCAAAAUGUCGCGGCUUCGCCUGCCUGGCAUCACACCUUUGGUAAGAACGGCAGGCAUUGUGCAUGGCGAUGGCGGCGGCCUUCGGAGCUUGCAAGGCGGGUAUAGCAAAUCAAAGGCUCAUCAGACUUUCAACGACUCCAUCAAAUAUGCUUCUCUCAAUUUAAGGGACAAUGUUUACACAGGCAAGAAACACAACUUCUAUGGUGUCAACUGCAACGUCAUCCACUGAUAACAAUGGGGAACACACUUUCUGUUGAGUUUGGUCUGACAGCUGUUUUUAAGUCAUUUUUAAAUGCAGAAUCCAAAACUGAUUUUUUUCUCUAUCAUUUCAUUUUUUUUUUUAGAAGUAUAGAUUCUCAUUAUAUUAGAAAUCAUGAAAAAUACUGUAUGCGACCCCUUAAUGCCUGAUUUUACAUUUAACAAGUAUACAUCAACAAACAUGGGGAAUAUAUGAAUACAAUACUUGAAAAUUGAAAAUUUAUAGAAAUUUGAAUGGGAAAGUAGAAUAGAUA